CGAUUUCUCGCAUGUUCAAAUGUCAAGUAUUUAUUUUCGCGGACAUCGUAUAUGGAUUUGGACUAACGAAGCCUGCAAAAAAUUUCGAGAAUCCUAAGCAGGCGCGCGCGCUCUCUCUCUCCGUGGAGGAGGGGUUUAAAAUUUAAAUGGCGACCCACGAGCUGAAAGAAACCCUAACAAAUCUGGCUAAGAGGUCAAGUUUGGAGGUGGAGAGCGGCAAAGAUGUGGCAAAUAAGGAUGAGGAUGAGGAUGAGAUGCAGAUCGAGGCUCUUGAGAGGGAGGUGAAGGAGAUGGCUCAAAAGAUCGUCGAUUUUCGGAGUUCCAUCCCGGAACGCCUUGGUGACAUCGUCUCUUCCGCUAGUCUCGCCUUGCUGAGGCCAAAGCUUUCUUUGGUGCUCGCAUCCGCUGCUUCUCAGAAUACCGGAAGUGAGAGUAGGCCCCAUUCUGUGAUUGAUGGGCCUCAGACAGAGUUACCCGGCGAUUCACCACUUACCGAAGCCGGUGAAAGGGAGCAUGAGAAAUUAGUUUAUCUUAGGAAGAAAGCAAUGAGCAACAUAGCUACAGCACCCGUCAUCUUGAAGAGAGUGAAUGAAUGCCUUGCAAGGAUCAACAAAAUAGAAAGGAAUAAUGUAAACAUACCUUCUUCUUUCAAGAGGAGAAAGAAAUAGUUUGUACUGCAAAACUCUUUUGUUGGAACAUUAGCUUAUGAAAAGCCUGCAGAUAACUGUUUGUUGUGUGGUUAGAAUACUCUGCUACAACUACAAGUUUUUGCCUCUUUGCCAAGUCUUCAACAGAAUUAGUUUAUGAUGUUGGACAGUAGUGAAUGUUUUGUAUUAAGCAUCUGUUGGAAUAUGAAAGUUUGAUUCUCAAUCUAUUUGUAUUAAUAAUCCUAUUUGUUGUAAUAAGUUGACAUUUAAAUUAGUCAAAUUCUCUCUCA